AUGCAGGCCAUACGACGACCUUUGAGCUCGGCGCUGCGGCACGCGGCCGCCAGGAACUAUGCGACGAGCUCCACACCGUAUGCGGACACGAUCAAGAACUUGCGCAUCAACGGCGACACCAAGGUGCUGUUCCAGGGCUUCACUGGCAAGCAGGGAACCUUCCACGCCCAGCAGGCCAUCGAGUACGGCACAAACGUCGUCGGCGGCACGAACCCUAAGAAGGCUGGCACCGAGCAUCUCGGCAAGCCCGUCUUCGCGACGGUAGAGGAGGGUAUUAAGCAGACUGGCGCGACCGCCUCCGCCAUCUUCGUUCCUCCACCGCUUGCGGCCAAGGGUAUCGAGGAGGCGCUCACCGCUGAGAUUCCUUUGGUAGUAUGCAUUACUGAGGGUAUCCCGCAACACGACAUGGUUCGCAUCACCGACAUGCUCAAGACGCAGAACAAGACGCGCCUUGUCGGCCCCAAUUGCCCCGGCAUCAUCGCUCCUGGACAAUGCAAGAUCGGUAUCAUGCCCGGCUUCAUCCACAAGCGCGGCCGCGUCGGCAUCGUUUCCCGCUCCGGAACCCUCACUUACGAAGCCGUCAACCAGACCACCCAAGCCGGCCUUGGCCAGUCGCUCGUCGUCGGAAUUGGCGGUGACCCCUUCUCGGGCACCAACUUCAUCGACUGCCUCAAGGUCUUCCUGCAGGACGAGGAGACUGAUGGUAUCAUCAUGAUCGGCGAGAUUGGUGGCAGCGCCGAAGAAGAUGCUGCCGACUUCCUCAAGGCGAAUAACACGGCCAACAAGCCCGUCGUCAGCUUCAUCGCCGGUAUCUCUGCGCCACCGGGCCGGAGAAUGGGCCACGCCGGUGCCAUCGUCAGCGGUGGAAAGGGUGACGCCAAUUCCAAGAUCACCGCCCUUGAGGCUGCUGGUGUCGUCGUUGAGCGCUCGCCUGCCGCCCUCGGCAAAACUCUGUACGACCAGUUUGUAAAGCGAGACUUGAUAUAA